AUGAAACCAUGGUCGUUUUUCUUGUGGUACUUGUGCAGUGUGGUGAGUGCCACCUUCAUGGAGGACGCAUUUGUGCGAGACUGGCUUAAACCACUCGUUGGAUCGGUUGAAAAAUUCGACAUUUUAUCGCCGCUGUCCAUCGUCGCCUGGACAGAUUUGUCCCAGUUGGUGAAACUAAACGUGGAGGAAAACAAUACCCAUGUUGACUGGCGUGUCGACUUGUCGCAGAAACCAAUUGUCGACUAUAAACUCUCACCUAACAACCAGUUUUUGGUGUCGUAUGACUCCAAUGGCGAUGUUGAUCUUUGGGAGACAUCAACUGGCUCCCUUAUCCAGCACCACAAGAACGCUGGUCUGGUCGAGAAGAACCCUGGCUUCUUAUAUGAAACUGGUAUUAUUACGUUGAGCGGUGGAGAUUUGGUCCUUCUUCUUAAUAAUGGAGAUCGUAAAUUGAUCGCACCAGGCGUCAAAGACUUUCGGUUUUGCCAACAAACAGAUUUGGCUUACAUUGUCACAAACCACGGCGAUGUAUUCACGGUAUCUGCCGAUGGGUCAACCAUAUCACCUUCGACUGUUGGGGGCCAUGAUAUCAAGUAUCUGGAAAUUAUCGAUAUGAAAGACGGUGUGAUAGCUACCACCAGCGAGUUCAUCAAAUUAGAAUCAGAGACUACCAUUGCACACUCAUUCCAUGAAAAAGUUGGUUUGUUGUCCAACGGCUAUUUCUACACCGCUAUAGGUUCUAAGCUUGAGAUCGUGAAAAUUGGCAGUGAUGUACCAGUAUUCACUCACUCAUUUGAGGAAGAUAUUAAAAAUGUCGAGACCAAGGAUUCAGUUGCUGCUUUUGUUGCAGUGUACACAGCUACUGAUGUCCAUAUUGUUGUGCUCAAUGACUUGCUAAUUACUGGCGUUUCUGAUGCCGUCAACAUCCAGACUCACUCAUUGAAUAAGGCGGUGAAAUCUACAAUUUCAUGCAACGACCACAUCUGGUUUGUUGAGGCUCACACCACUUCACCUACUGCCAUUCGGUUGGCAUCCUCAUCUCAAGAUUAUACUGACGACAAAACUAUAAUACUUGACCAUUAUUCAGGAAGAAGCUUUCUUCUCGUUGACAAACCACAGAGCGAGGGCUCUAAGAUCUUGUUUCAUUCUGUUCUUAAUGCCGGAGACCAAUUUGUCUUGACCAGUUGGUUACUCAGAAUCAAGAGACACUUGUCUGAGUUGGGCGCUUACUUGUCGUCUUUUGCUACUCACUCUGUAUCGCCAGCUACCUCUGAGACGUUUUCCAGAGAGAGCCAAUUUGGAUUGGGAAAACUCUUGGCUUUUUACGAUACUCAAAUAAACUCGGUGAUUGCGUUGGAAUCAGAAUCUGGGAAAGUUUCAUGGACUACAAGCCUUCAACGAGGAUUUGGCGACUUGAUCACCGCAAUUGAUAGUAAUGAUGUGCUUUAUUUUGUGUUUGAGAGCGGUGUGGUCAAAUUUGAUCUCAAUGGUAAAAUAUUGAAAGAAGAAACCUUGCCACUAGUUAGAUCUGCCUUCAAAGUCAACGGGAACGUCUUUGUAAGGUUUGCCAAUUCGAAGAAUGUGAAAGUUUUGGAGCUGUCAAAGUACUCUUCUCAACCAAUUAACUAUCUUGUUGAGGCCGGUAAGCAGUCCAUUACCGGCUUUGAGGUCAAGGAUGAGCAUUUGAUGCAAACUUGGUCGCACAUACCCAAGGGUCGCAUAAUUACCUCAUUGUCAAUGCCUUCGUACCAUCAAUCUGCUUCGGCUGGAAUUGCAAGAUCUGACAAGACAAUCCUUUACAAGUACUUGAACCGAAAUCUUGUGGCCGUUUUGACGGAAGUAAAGAAUCAGCUUGUUCUUGAGUUGCUUGACGGCAUCACCGGCAGCCAAGUCUUUAUCCAAAAGCACGAUGUAGCCAACAUCGAUUACACCACUAUAAGUCUCACUAUGGCUGACAACUGGAUUGUUUACAGCUAUUAUGUUUCAGAGCCUUAUUGGGAACAAAGAAUCACCGUUGUGGAUUUGUUCGAUGAAAACCAUUCUGCUGUUGCACAAUCGGCUUUCAAUUCCACUUCAGCUAUACAAGCUUCCAGCAAGACCUUUAUCUACAGUGAAAGAAUCGUCUCGCUAACUUCAACAUACUCAAAGCAUGGCAUAACGUUGAAGUCGAUAAUUGCUCUCACUGCGAAUGGAAGAGCUGUCGAAUUACCCAAAUUCAUCUUGAACAGUAGACGGAUAGAUGACCGUGAAAUAAAGCAAAAUGAUCUUUUAGACGAUUUCAGAAUGCUGGCAUACGACCCAGUCAUUCCAAAAGUUGGCGCUCAAGUGCUCAAUCAUGUGGACAAGAUUUUGGUCACCAGGGACACUAAGGUUCUUGUCAAAGACACAGAACUUGAGUCUACAUCAGUGGUAUGUGUUGCCAACGAUUUCAACAUAUUUUGCAGCACCAUACAGCCGUCUUUGUCCUACGACGUGUUGAGCUCCAAAUUUGACAAAUUCAAGUUGUUGGUAACCAUGGCUAUCUUACUAGUUGCGUACUUGAUCACAAAGCCAUUUGUCGCUUCCAAAAAGUUGAAUUCGCAGUGGAUCGAAGAUGAUAUCUAA